AGCAGCCUUGGAACGGAUCCGCUGUGCUUCACGGUUGCCUCACAACACGAAAGCAGAGUCUUAGCUGAAUGGUAUCUACGGGGUGAAGAUUCUUUAUUAAAUCAUGGGGCGUUUAAUGACCGUGGCGACUUGCUCGCUUAAUCAGUGGGCACUUGACUGGGAGGGUAACCUCGCGAGAAUUAAAGAGAGUAUACAUGAAGCUAAAGCUCGGGGAGCCACUCUUCGUGUCGGACCAGAACUCGAGGUCUGUGGCUAUGGCUGUCUGGAUCACUUUCUCGAAGGCGACCUGUAUCUCCAUUGCUGGGAAAUGCUCCUCAAUAUCUUGAAUGAUGCAUCUUGCCAUAGCAUACUCCUUGACAUUGGGAUGCCAGUCAUACAUCGCAACAAUAGGUUCAAUAGUCGAAUAAUCGCCCUAAACGGAAAGAUUAUCCUGAUCCGACCGAAGUUAUGGCUCGCCAAUGACGGCAACUAUAGAGAAAUGAGAUACUUCAUCCCCUGGGGACGUCCGACCCAUGUUGAGGAAUACUACCUUCCUCGAUUGAUUGCUAACGUACAAGGGAGCCAGAAGGUUCCCAUAGGAGACGCUGUGAUUUCAACUCCGGAUACAUGUUUCGGAGCAGAGACAUGCGAGGAGCUGUUCACACCAAAUUCACCCCACAAUGCCAUGGGUCUGAACGGCGUUGAGAUAUUUACAAAUUCUUCUGGCAGUCACCAUAGUCUUCGCAAGUUGGACACUCGAAUCUCUCUCAUUCAGGAAGCUACACGCAAAAACGGCGGCGUCUAUCUGUACUCAAACCAACAAGGUUGUGAUGGCGACCGCUUGUAUUACGACGGAUGUGCCAUGGUCAUCAUCAACGGAGAAAUUGUAGCCCAAGGCUCUCAGUUCUCUUUGAACGACGUCGAAGUUGUCACAGCAGUUGUCGAUAUCGAGGAAGUUCGAGCCUACAGGUUUGCGCCAUCACGAGGUCUCCAGUCCCUUCAAGCACCGACUUAUCAACGAAUCGAGACCACCUUUAGUCUUUCUAGUGGGGACAGCGAUUUUGAUCCUAAUGUGACUCCGUCAAGGCAUCAAAGCCUUCGAGUCCACAAACCGGAGGAGGAGAUAGCACUUGGACCUGCAUGCUGGUUGUGGGACUACCUGCGCAGGAGCAAAGCUGCAGGCUUCCUCGUUCCUCUUAGCGGAGGUAUUGAUUCCUGCGCCACGGCCGUCAUUGUCUUCAGUAUGUGUCGGAUCAUCAUGGAUGCUCUUAAGAAUGGAAAUACCCAAGUGAAAGCGGACGUACAACGCAUUGCUGGUGCAUACGAGGCAGAAGACUGGUUCCCCAAGACGCCCCAGGAACUCUGUAACCGCAUUUUCCACACCGUGUACAUGGGCAUGGCUGCGCAGUCGUCCAAAGAAACUCGCUCACGCGCUGAACGACUUGCAAAGGAUAUCGGCGCGUACCACACAGACAUGAACAUCGACGAUGUCUUCCAUGCAGAGAAAGGACUUCUCACACAAGCAACCGGCUUCGAGCCACAAUUUAAAGUGCAUGGUGGAGCGGUUUCCGAGAAUCUCGCUCUUCAGAACAUUCAAGCACGGACGCGUAUGGUGACGGCAUACUAUUUCGCACAGAUGCUGCCGACGGUCCGGAAACGUCCUGGCGGUGGUGGGCUGCUCGUCCUUGGAUCAGCGAACGUUGAUGAAUGCCUCCGAGGCUACCUGACCAAGUAUGACUGCAGUAGUGCAGACAUAAAUCCCAUCGGCAGUAUUUCCAAAACCGACCUAAAGCGCUUCAUCCACUGGGCUUGUUCCGAAUUCAGUCUCCCCAUCCUAGACGAAUUCAUCGACGCAAUCCCAACUGCCGAACUAGAGCCCAUAACCCACGACUACGUGCAAUCUGAUGAAGCCGAUAUGGGGAUGACGUACGACGAGCUCAGCAUCUUUGGCAAGCUACGUAAAGAAGCGAAACUAGGUCCCUAUGGCAUGUUUCAACGCCUGCUGCAUGACUGGCGAGAUAAGUGCUCGCCAAGCGAGGUUGCGGUUAAGGUUAAGCGGUUUCAUCAUUUCUAUGCGAUAAACCGCCACAAAAUGACAACCAUGACACCCGCCUAUCACGCCGAAGGCUACUCACCUGACGACAAUCGCUUUGAUCUCCGACCGUUUCUGUAUCCCGCGUUCUUCGAGAGUUGGAGCUUCAAGCGGAUCGAUGAGGUUGUUGCGCAGUUGGAGAAAGAGGGGGGUGUGAAUGAAUAGGGGAAACUAGGCUAGAAAUUUGCAUCAUGUUGAUGAGCGAGCUGAUUCUAGUAAGAGGCUAGGUGGUUGGGGUUUAUUUUGGCUUUGGUACACGUUAUCUAAUAGCAUACUGGGGAGAGUAAGAAUGGAUAGGGGUUGCUUAGGGCGGAAAUGUGCCUACUGUUGCCUUUCUCGCUAAUUCCAGCAAGAGGU